AUGGGGUCACCACAAGUGCAUAUGAAGCGAGUUUGGUGCAUGGACCCUUGUGCAAUCUUCGGUAAGCUAAUGGGGUCACCACAAGUGCAUAUGAAGCGAGUUUGGUGCAUGGACCCUUGUGCAAUCUUCGGUAAGCUAAUGGGGUCACCACAAGUGCAUAUGAAGCGAGUUUGGUGCAUGGACCCUUGUGCAAUCUUCGGUAAGCUAAUGGGGUCACCACAAGUGCAUAUGAAGCAUCCAUUGCCCCCAUAUCCACCAAAGCAUACAUUGCCCCCAUAUCUUCAAAGCAUCCAUUGCCCCCAUAUCUUCAAAGCAUACAUUGCCCCCAUAUCUUCAAAGCAUACAUUGCCCCCAUAUCUUCAAAGCAUCCAUUGCCCCCAUAUCUUCAAAGCAUACAUUGUCCCCAUAUCUUCAAAGCAUCCAUUGCCCCCAUAUCUUCAAAGCAUCCAUUGCCCCCAUAUCUUCAAAGCAUACAUUGCCCCCAUAUCUUCAAAGCAUACAUUGUCCCCAUAUCUUCAAAGCAUCCAUUGCCCCCAUAUCUUCAAAGCAUACAUUGUCCCCAUAUCUUCAAAGCAUCCAUUGCCCCCAUAUCUUCAAAGCAUACAUUGUCCCCAUAUCUUCAAAGCAUACAUUGUCCCCAUAUCCACCAAAGCAUCCAUUGCCCCCAUAUCUUCAAAGCAUACAUUGCCCCCAUAUCUUCAAAGCAUACAUUGCCCCCAUAUCUUCAAAGCAUCCAUUGCCCCCAUAUCCACCAAAGCAUACAUUGCCCCCAUAUCUUCAAAGCAUCCAUUGCCCCCAUAUCUUCAAAGCAUCCAUUGCCCCCAUAUCUUCAAAGCAUCCAUUGCCCCCAUAUCUUCAAAGUAUACAUUGUCCCCAUAUCCACCAAAGCAUACAUUGCCCCCAUAUCUUCAAAGCAUACAUUGCCCCCAUAUCUUCAAAGCAUACAUUGCCCCCAUAUCUUCAAAGCAUACAUUGCCCCCAUAUCUUCAAAGCAUACAUUGCCCCCAUAUAUUCAAAGCAUCCAUUGCCCCCAUAUCCACCAAAGCAUACAUUGUCCCCAUAUCUUCAAAGCAUACAUUGCCCCCAUAUAUUCAAAGCAUCCAUUGCCCCCAUAUCCACCAAAGCAUCCAUUGCCCCCAUUUCUUCAAAGUAUACAUUACCCCCAUAUCUUCAAAGCAUCCAUUGUCCCCAUAUAUUCAAAGCAUACAUUGUCCCCAUAUCCACCAAAGCAUCCAUUGCCCCCAUAUCUUCAAAGCAUCCAUUGCCCCCAUAUCUUCAAAGCAUACAUUGCCCCCAUAUCUUCAAAGCAUCCAUUGCCCCCAUAUCUUCAAAGCAUCCAUUGCCCCCAUAUCUUCAAAGCAUACAUUGUCCCCAUAUCCACCAAAGCAUCCAUUGUCCCCAUAUAUUCAAAGCAUACAUUGCCCCCAUAUCUUCAAAGCAUACAUUGCCCCCAUAUAUUCAAAGCAUCCAUUGCCCCCAUAUCCACCAAAGCAUCCAUUGUCCCCAUAUAUUCAAAGCAUACAUUGCCCCCAUAUCUUCAAAGCAUACAUUGCCCCCAUAUCUUCAAAGCAUACAUUGCCCCCAUAUCUUCAAAGCAUACAUUGCCCCCAUAUCUUCAAAGCAUACAUUGCCCCCAUAUCUUCAAAGCAUACAUUGCCCCCAUAUCCACCAAAGCCUCCAUUGUCCCCAUAUCCACCAUAUCUACUAAAGCAUCCACGGUCCCCAUAUCAAUCAACGCCUUCAUUGCCCCCAUAUCUACUAAAGCCUCCACGGCCCAUAUCCACCAAAGUCUCCAUUGCACCCAUAGUCACCAAAGCUUCCAUGGCCCCCAUAUCCACCAAAGCCUCCUCCUUAGCCCCAAUAUCCACCAAAGUCUCUUUAACCCCCGAAAUGAUAGAAAGAUGA